CCUGCUCGACGUUCGGUCCCAGAGGCCAGGGGGCAUAGAGUCGAGAGGGUACAGAGCAUCUGGUGUCUGUCUGCUCGACCGAUCCAUCCCACAACUGACCCAGUCCAUCUGCAGCAGCACGGACCUACAUCGUUCGGGAGGCAAUUGGAGCCAUGGCUGCUGUCACUGCUGCCUCGGUCUCAGUCGCCACCUUCGCCUCCGCGAGCCUCAGCUCGUCCCGCAGCUCUGUGAAUGGCGUGGCUGUCAUUGCUCCCGUGAAGGUGGCUCCCUUCGUCACCAAGUCCGUGGGCGUCGUCAGCUGUCGUGCUGAGAGCUCGGACGAGAAGGUGGCUCCCGUCUCCCGCCGAUUGGCACUCUCUCUGCUCGCUGGUGUUGCAGCUGUGAGCAGCCGCGUCAAUCCCGCCAGCGCUGCUUACGGAGAAGCCGCAAAUGUUUUCGGUUCUCUGAAGAAGCAAAGCGGAUUCAUUCCAUACUCUGGUGAGGGAUUCUCCGUGGAGAUUCCGGCCAAGUGGAACCCUAGUAAGGAGAUCGAGUUCCCCGGGCAGGUUGUCAGAUACGAGGACAACUUUGAUGCCACCAACAACCUCUCCGUCAGCGUUCUCAAGGCCGAGAAAUCCUCAAUCAAGGACUAUGGAUCACCCGAGGAACUGCUGAAUUCUCUAUCUUACCUGCUCGGAAAGCAGAGCUACUCCGGACUGACUGAAUCUGAGGGAGGAUUCAAGGACAAUGCAGUGUCUACGGCCGCAAUCCUAGAGUCUGAGGUGAAGGAGUCUAACGGGAAAACUUACUUCUACAUCAGCGUCCUCACUCGCACAGCCGAUGGUGACGAGGGAGGCAAGCACCAGCUUAUCAUUGCCACCAUCGACUCUGGAAAGUUGUACGUCAUGAAGGCGCAGGCUGGUGACAAGAGGUGGUUCAAGGGAGCCAAGAAAUUCGUGGAAGGAGCGAUCAACUCGUUCAACGUAGCCUAAGUUACUCUAGGAAAAGGUCGAAAUAUUCUUAUGAAAUCAAACGCAUUCUUACACAAUUGAUGGAUGACCAAUUGUCAUUCUCCUCAUUCGACGACUUGAGAAUAUUAACUCCGUGCCCUGUCUGUCUCACAAAUGCAAUAUGGGUACCUCGCAUCUUCUCUAUUUGGCAACGUCUA